GGCUGGAGGGAGGACGCUUUGCUUCCGAAGACCGCGAUGGAGGGGCCCGGGAACGAAGAGCCCGAGGGGCCCCAAAGCGUGCCUCCGGGGGCGCGCCUCCUCCUCUCGGCCAAGGCGUUCGCAGUCUCCCGCAAAGGGCUGCUGCUUUUGGCCCAGGCGGUGCUGUCCUUCAUCAUCUUCAUCUGCUAUAUUGCCUCAGUCGCCGCACCUUUCUUGACAAUCCCCUUGUUGACGUUUGUGUUGGCCCUCUGCUUUUUCUUUGCCUAUUCCUUGAGGCUUAAUGACAAGUUCAAAGCAGUCUACUGGGUUUUGGCGGAUUUCUUAUGCGGUAUCAUCGCUGCAAUUAUCUAUUUCGCCAUAUCCAUUGCUGCAGUCUCGAAAUAUUCCGACACGGCAUCCAAAGCUGCAGGAGUGUUUGGCUUCAUUGCCACGAUCGUCUACUGUGUUUACGUUUACCUUACCUGCAAUGACCUGAUGGCGUAUCUCAAACAAGGCGAUUCCUCAGAUGCCCCUGAGCCACGUAAAUCCGAAGAUGACGAUUCAGAUGACGAUUCAGACUGAAGGGCAGUGGGUCGCCAAGCUGUCCCAGAGAGAAACAAAGGGACACAUCCUUCUGUAUCAGUGUUUGAAGCCUUUUUGGGAAUACCGUACAGAAGAACAUCACCAAACCAUUGCCAACGAGAUCUCAACCUCCGGGGUGCUUGGGCCUUCGCUUGUGUGAGCCUCUUUUUGUUCCUCAUCACAACCGACCAGCACACUUUGAAACUGCACAUUUUGCAAGUACAGUAGAGUCUCACUUAUCCAACAUUCACUUAUCCAACGUUCUAGAUUAUCCAACGCAUUUUUGUAGUCAAUGUUUUCAAAACAUCGUGAUAUUUUGGUGCUAAAUUCGUAAAUACAGUAAUUACUACAUAGCAAUAAUAAUAAUAAUAAUAAUAAUAAUAAUAAUAAUAAUAAUAAUAAUAAUAAUAAUAAUUUUUGUCAAUAUCUAUUGUUUCCAAAUGCCGUGCCAAAAGAUCUCAGCUGGCAUUUGGAAACAAUAGACAUUGACAAAAUUACGAUCUGCCAACUGCAAAAGGCCACCCUACUGGGAUCUGCGCGCAUCAUCCGAAAAUACAUCACACAGUCCUAGACACUUGGGAAGUGUUUGACUUGUGAUUUUGUGAUAUGAAAUCCAGCAUAUCUAUCUUGUUUGCUGUGUCAUAAUAAAAAUAAUAAUAAUAACUUUAUUCUUAUACCCCGCCCCAUCUCCCCGAAGGGACUCGGGGCGGCUUACAUGGGGCCAUGCCCGGACGCAACAGCACAAAAUCAAAGCAAGAACAAUAAACAAAUCAGCCAACAAUAAACCAUCAACAUCGAUAAAACAAUUAUAAAAUGUCAAUAUAUAAAAUGAUAUUAAAAUCAUGAGUUGGAUCAAAGGAUCUGGGCCAAGGUGCAGAAAAAAUGUCAAGUCAUCAGGGAGGGGUAAUUAAUGUGUAAUGAACCACUUUUUCUGUCAAAUUUGUCUAACAUGAUGUUUUGGUGCUUCAUUUGUAAAAUCAUAAUGUAAUUUGAUGUUUACUAGGCUUUUCCUUAAUCCCUCCUUAUUAUCCAACAUAUUCACUUAUCCAACACUCUGCCGGCCCAUUUAUGUUGGAUAAGUGAGACUCUACUGUAGAUUCCCAUUGUAUGUUAUGCUUGGCCUAUACAAUUUUGAGGUGGAAUCCGCUCAUUGUUUUACCCUCUGAAUAGCGGGAACCAAGGGGGCAAAUUAUAAGGGAGUACUUCCCGAUUUAAAUAAUGUGUUGUCGAAGGCUUUCAUGGCCGGAAUCGCUGGGUUGCUGUGAGCUUUCCGAGCUGUAUGGCCAUGUUCCAGAAGCAUUCUCUCCUAACGUUUCGCCCACAUCUAUGGCAGGCAUCCUCAGGGGUUGUGAGGUCUGUUGGAAACUAGGCAAGAGGUGUUUAUAUAUCUGUGGAAAGUCCAGGGUGGGAGAAAGAACUCAUGUCUGUUUGAGGCCAGUGUGAAUGCUGCAAUUGUCCAGCUUGAUUUGCAUAGAAUGGCCUUGCAGCUUCAAAGCCUGGCUGAGCACGUGAUGAACCAACCUGGACACAGCAUAUUAUUUGAGAACACAGUAUAAUAAAAGAGGGAUAGGGCUGACUUUGGAAAAGGGGAUGAGAAUAAGGAGAAUUGGGACAUGGGUAGGAAAAUGGAGGGAAAGAUAGGAGGGUAGGUUUGUACUGCCAUUCUUCUUCUUUGCAGGACAAUAGUACAGUAGAGUUUCACUUAUCCAACACUCGCUUAUCCAACGUUCUGGAUUAUCCAAUGCAUUUUUGUAGUCAAUGUUUUCAAUAUAUCAUGAUAUUUUGGUGCUAAAUUCAUAAAUACAGUAAUUACUACAUAGCAUUACUAAGUAUUGAACUACUUUUUCUGCCAAAUUUGUUGUCUAACAUGAUGUUUUGGUGCUUCAUUUGUAAAAUCAUAACCUAAUUUGAUGUUUAGUAGGCUUUUCCUUAAUGCCUCCAUAUUAUCCAACAUAUUCGCUUAUCCAACAUUCUGCCGGCCCGUUUAUGUUGGAUAAGUGAGACUCUACUGUAUAUUUCAAAGUUCUUGUUUGUAUUUAAAUUUUAUAUGUCUUCACCCCUUUUCUUCAAUCCAUUUCCAGGACCUUUCCUUCUUUCCAUCUUUUGAUUUUUGAUUUUAUUUUUUUUUCUCUUUCAACAAUAUUCUCAUGUAAUUCUUAAAGGGUCGCCAGUCAGUCGGUGUUAUAGGUCUACCUGUUUGUCUCUUUAUAAAAAUACUAAUCUAGCCUUGACCAUAAUCUCCAUUAUUUUAUCUAACCAUUGGUCAUUUGAUGGCACUUCUUCCAGUGUCUAAAAUCCUUGCUGCCGUGGUCCGAUACAUGAACAAAAUAGCUGUAUUUGUGUCCAAAUCCAUUUCCUCAUCUGUCGUACCCAGUAGGAAGUAUUCUGGCUUUAUUUGAAUAUUUAUUUUUAGAAUCCUUUGGCAAUAGCUAUUGGCUUUUUUACACGACCACCACAUAUGAUAGAAUGUGCCUUCUUGUAGGCCCGCAUGACCAGCAUUUUUUUGGUACAUUUUUGUACAUAAUCCCAAAUUUUUGUGGCAUCAUAUACCAACAGUAAAUCGUUUUUACCAGUUCUCUUUUAAAUCUAUUGCAUAAGUAUAUCUUGCUUUUUUGUUCCACAUCUGUUCCCAUUCAUUUAACUUAAUUGGUCUUCCUAUAUUUGCUGCCAAACUUAUCAUGCAAGUUUUUACUAGUUCUAAUUUGGUAGACCAUUUCAAUAACUUAUAUUAUAAUCUAAUUAUAGUCUUCUUAUCUUUGAGAAUCGGUUUUUCCCAAAAAGUUUCUCUGUCACUGAAGCCUAUCUUAUCCAAAUUGUACUGUUCUUUGAUUUGCAUAUAUAUUGGAACCAGGAGAAGUUCUUGAACCUUUGUGUCAUCUCCUCUUGUGUUUUUAGCUGGAAAGUAUCAUUCUUUUGGAUCAAGGUCUCUUUAUAUGUAGGCCUUUUCGUCCAGCCCAAUAGCCGUCUUUGAUUUGCUUCUAGUGGGGAUAGCCAUAGCAGGGUUUUAGAGUCAAAUCUCUCUUUAUAUCUUUCCCAGAUCUUCAGAAGGGUCGAUCUUAUAAAAUGAUUACCAAAGUUUUUCUCUAUUUUUGCUCUUCCAUACUAUAGGUAGGAAUGCCAUCCCCUUACCCUUAUCCCUUUUUCCAAAGUCAGCCCUAUCUUCUCUUUUAUUAUACUUUUGAAAACUUUUAAUAAAUUUUUUAAAACAGAGAACACGGAAAUGCUGGACCGCUCUAACAACCCCCAUGUCAGACUACACAGAGAAGCCAUUGAAACCCACAAGCAUGUGGACAAUUUCAACAGAAAGGAGGAAACCAUGAAAAUGAUCAGAUCUGGCUACUACUACCUUGCUUCCCCGAAAAUAAGACAGUGUCUUAUAUUAAUUUUUUCUCCCAAAAAUGUGCUAGAUCUUAUUUUCGGGGGAUGUCUUAUUUUUCCAUGAAGAAGAAUUCACAUUUAUUGUUGAACAAAAAAAUGAACAUUUAUUAUAUACUGUACAGUAGUUGUCAUCACAAACCAGCAUAACCAGACAAAGUGUGAAUCCUAUCAAGAAUUUCUUGUUACUACCAAUAUUUCCAUGUACAACACACUAUGGUACGUACAUUUACCGAUCCUGCAUGCUCUGGUGUUCUGUUUGGCGGGCAUGCUUCCAAACAAAAACUUUACUAGGUCUUACUUUCGGGGGAGGCCUUAUAUUUAGCAAUUCAGCAAAAUCUCUACUAGGUCUUAUUUUCUGGAGAUGUCUUAUUUUAGGGGAAACAGGGUAUUAAAAAAACUCUAUAAUCAAGACAGUAAAUAAAGAACAACAUUCAGAAAACAGAGGAAUUCCAGACAACAAACAAUCAGGGCCAGCGAACACCUCCCAGGAGAGGAUUCCCCCUGGCAGGAGGCAGCCAGGCUUUGAAGCUGCAAGGCCAUUAAAUGUUAAUCUAGGUGGCCAGUUGCAACAUUCACAUUUGCCUGAAGCAGACAAGAGUUCUUUCUCCCACCCUGGACCUUCCACAGAUAUAUAAACCCCACUUGCCUAGUUUCCAACAGACCUCACAACUUCUGAGGAUAGAUGUGGACAGAACGUCAGGAGUGAAUGCCGGUAGGCUGUUAGAAAUUGUGGGAGUUGAAGUCCAAAACACCUGGAGGGCCCAAGUUUGACUAUGCCUAGAGUAGACCCCUGCAACCAAUAGUUGAAUGGCAAGUCCCUCUGUAGAUAGAUUCCAUGACUCACUGGUCUUAACCGUUGUUGGAUCAACGGUUGGAUUAAUUGAUCAUCCAUCAGAUGCUUUCUUGCUGCUGCAACCGACUAACACAGCUAUCUCCCUGCUCCUCAAAAUUCGUAGUGGAAUGGGUUGUUAGAUACCUAAAUACUCUGAAAGCACCUAUCUGGUCUUGUAGCUAAGCAGGGUCGGACCUGGUUAGUCCUUGGAUAGGGGAAUGCUAAGGAAAACCAGGUGCUGUAGGCUGCAUUUCAGAUGAAGGCAUUGACAAGCCACCUUUGAGUCUCCACUGCCUAAGAAAACCCUUUGUGAUCAUCAUAGGCCAACAAGUGCCUUAAAGAAAUGUCCCAAUAGAUACUGACAAUGGAACAGACUACCUCGAAGGUGCCUUCUAACUAGAACCAUACAGGGAACCUUUUAAAAUAUAGCUAUUUUUUAAAAGCUAACUACGUGAAGGUUAAUCUGAGGAAGGAAACUAUGACUUGAUGUCUGGAAUCCUAUUAGUGACAUAUCCAGGCAUAUAUGUCCAUUGUGACAAUAUAGGUCUUUCUGCGGUCAUUGUGAAAAGCUGUGCCUCCAUCUUCGCCAAUGUAUUUUUACACCUAAUAUUUACCAUGUAUGCCAACUCAUUAUGUAUGAUAUUAGUUAGUAGUUAAAGAAAUCAUUAAAGACCAAAAUCCUGUUUCUGUGAAUACUGCCGGCAGGUUUCUAGCAGUACAUGAAUGUGUUUUUCAGGAAUGGCUCGACUUCGACAAUGCAAUAAAAGAAAGAAUGCAAUGCCCCAAAGACUGGUUUCUGAGCUGGGCAACUAGAAGUCUUGUCACAUUCAAAGGCAAACACCUUUGGGAAUCUCUGACGAGUGUUUUAUAUUUCUCUCUUCUUAAAAAGACUUUGAAUGUGAUUUUGUAUUACUCUAAUCCAUGUGUCUUCAAUUGAAACAAUAACAUAUGCAUUUAUGAACUGUAAUUGAAUAAAUUCCACCAAUAAUGAGAUUAAA